UCCACAGCACCAUCUGAGGCUUUGGUGGCCACCUCAGCUAUUUCUGUGUCAACCUCGGGGCCUGACUUCAAGGCCGGUGUGAAAAGAGUAGGAAGCACCAACUCUUCUCUCUCACCACCUGUGGCCAGUUCCAGGCCACCCUCCACUGCCGAGGCGAGACCUCCCCCCAGAGAGGCCCCCAAGGGCCCGACAAGAUGGUGAGCCAGUGUUUGCUGGCCAUUUCCCUCCUGGCCCUUGUGGCGGCCAUUUUCAUCAUCACGACCUUUGUUCUCAUCGCCCUGCUCCUGAGGCAGAGACGGGCCUACAAGCUGCGGCAGCGCAACCACACAGAGAUGGUGUGCAUCUCCUCCCCUCCUGGCCGCCGAAGAGGCAGAAGCCUCCCGAGGAAGGGCCCCCCAGGCCAGAAGGGUGAAGGCGCGGCCGAGAACGGGUCGGAGACGGAUAUCGACAACUUGACCCUGAACAGCUUCCUGCCUGACCAUUAG